ACAUUCUGAGCGGAUAAUGGAAAUAGUGCGCAAUGUUCAAAACAGAAGUGCAACUAGAAACACAUGUGGACCUGAGACUGAGCAUCAGAAACAGACUGGAGCUCAAAACAGAGGAAGAAGAUGGUCCAUGCGGAUCACAGUGUGUCUUCUGCUCAUCUGUGUUUUUCUGCUGGUCACCUUCAUACUGCUAUACAACCAGCUCAAAACAGAGCGAGAUCAGAUGAAGAAUAAAGUCGAAGAAAAGAGUAAAGCUCUGAACAGCCUCAACAUCAAAUGCAACCGUCUGAGUGGUGAACUAAAAGAGCUACAGAAAAACCUCACAUCUGUGAGUCUAAAGCAACUGGAGUUAGAGACAAACUACAGCCAUUUGACAGAUGAGAGAGAUCAGCUACAGAAAAACCUCACCUAUAUGAGUCUAAUGAAGCUGGAGUUCGAGACCGGAAAGAAAAGGAAGAGUUGUCAAAAUGUGUGGAAAGAGUCAGACCGGUAUUUCAUAUCCAUUGAAGAGAAGAGCUGGACUGACAGCAGACGCUUCUGCAAGGACUGUGGCGCAGAUCUCAUCAUUAUCAACACUGAAGAAGAACAGAAAUACAUAUCUUCAAUUGUCAAAGAGAGAGUUUGGAUUGGUCUGUCUGACAUUGAGAAUGAAGGCAACAUGAUAUGGGUGGAUAAUACACCCCUGACUAAAGGGUUUUGGCAUCUAGGUGAGCCGAAUGACGUGGGAAAUGAGGACUGCGUUGAGUUCAUGAGCAAAUCAGAACCUGUGCUGGACAACUGGAAUGAUCUUUCAUGCUCAGAUAAGCGAAAAUGGAUCUCACUCAUCAUAAGACCACCGAUCAUCUCUGAAAAUAAACCCAGCAAAUAAUGGAAACAGACAGAAGUGCUGCUAGAAACACGUUUGGACCUCAGACACAGAUGCAGAACUGGACUGAAACUAAAAACACCAGAAGGAGGUGGUUCGUGCCGAUCUCAUUAUGUCUUCUGCUCAUCUAUGUUCUUCUGGUGGUCACCCUCAUACUGCUCUAUGUGAGUCACAAAACAGAGAGAGAUCUGAUGAUGAUGACAUACAUGGAGAUAGUUGAAGAACACAAUGAAACUCUGAACAGCCUGAAAGUGAAUUGCAGUCAUGUGACUGACGAGAGAGAAGAACUACAGGAAAACUUCAACUCUAUGAGUCAGAAGAACCGGGAGUUAGAGACCAGGCUGAAGAAGAGUUUUCAUGAAGGGGCGUUCAGGUAUUUUGUAUCCAGUGAGAAGAAGAGCUGGACUGACGGCAGACGGUUCUGCAGGGAUCAUGGUGCAGAUCUGGUCAUCAUCAACACUGAAGAAGAACAGAGAUACAUAUCUUCAAUCAUUAAGGAGAACACAUGGAUUGGUUUGUUUGAUACAUACAGCAAGGGCGUCAUGAAAUGGGUGGAUAGUUCAACACCCAAUGUAACGUUUUGGAGGUUUGGUGAACCAAGAAACGCAUAUAGAAAUGAAGACUGUGUUCAGAUUCUGUCGUAUUCAUAUCCACAAAACUGGAUGAAUCAACUCUGCACAGAGAAGAGACGAUGGAUUUGUGAGAAUUAGAUUUUUUCUGCAUUAUUCUUAAUAAUCCUGUUACUCUACAUGUGUAUAAUGUAUAAUGCUCAGAGGCCGGGGCUAGUUGUCACAAGACUUAUAUCUCCAUCAUUUUUAGGAACUAGUUUAAUCUCUCAUGAAAUGAGCUGCGUUUUGUGGAACUGAAAUGAAUAAUUGUGUAAUAGCAUGUAAUGGGAAUUGUUUUGCAUUUUUGUAUUAAUUUGCUAUGCACAUUUGAGCUGGAAAACCAGUUAUUUUUGGAAGGUUUCAUUAUGAUCAUAUAGUGUGACAACAUCACUUUUGAGGCAUGUUAUCAAAUGGUAUCAAAUGAGUGUUGAAUAAAACUCUCUCUCUCACUUUAAAUGAAACAUUUAUUUUGGGAAUUAAUUGGCCAUUGGACAGUCAGUAUAGUCCCAACCCCCUUGUAUAAAAUACACAUUGUGCAAAGAAC